AUGAAGAACAACCCCUACUACAAGUUGCCAGAACUAGACAGGAAAAUACGUGAAAUCACAAUUUUACAUCCAGAUGUUAUGGAGAAUUUAGGGGUGUACGUUAUACCGAUAAAGCGAGAGGUGGAAGAAACGAAAUCAAACUCAGAUUCUACCAGCCAAGAACUGCAUGAUGGAUCAAUAACUACAGAUGACACAACUCAAUCUCAUAUUGACGAUUUGCUUCAGAAUACGGAGAUGAUAAAGGCGAUGGAACCCGAAGAGAAGCUAAAGUACAUUCCUCAACUGAAGCAUACGAUCGUGUACGAAAUUUUGAAAAAUAGAGAUGUUUUAAAGAAGUUGUCCGAUAAAAUUGGAGAGGAACAUGGUUUAUAG